AGGUCUUGUCAUUCUAAAUUCAGCUUUCUAGGCGAAAGCAGGUCAGCCUUUUGAUUUGAUUCUACUCAUUUCCUGCGAUUCUGAAGGAUAUGCCUCGUCAGCGCUCCGAAAGUCCGAGAUCCUCGGGAUCCACUCGCCGCCAAAACAGCCGGAGCAGCCAUGUCUUCGCCACAAAGCCAUCUUCUCGGGGGAGCAGCAGGGAUCUGCCGGCGGUGCAGCAGCCCAAGAAGGAACCCCCACCAGCGGCAGCUCCGGCGGCGGAGGCCAAGGGUCCCAGCACGGGGGAGCGGUUCAAGGACAUGGCCACCACGGCGGCCGGAGUGGCGGCAGGAUCCGCCGUGGGUCACGCCGUGGGCGCAGGACUCACCGGGAUGUUCCAAGGACGCGGGCAGGCCAGUGCUCCCGCCAAGGAGCAGCCCCAGCAGGAGGGAUCCUUGGGCGCCGCAGCUGCAGCCUCCCCCUCCGCUCACCACACCCAACUGGUGGAGGACGGUCCCUGCGCCUUCGAGCUGAGGCAGUUCCUCAAGUGCACCGAGGAGAACGGCAGCGAUCUCUCCAUCUGCAAGGACUUCAACGAGGCCAUGCAGCAGUGCCGGCGGCGCUACAAUGUUUGAGAUCCUGAAUACCGGAGGCCAAUAUCGGAACAAGCAAUUAGAUGAGACUUAACUCCUACAAUUUCAUUACUUAGUUCGAAAUAAAAUCAAUUUUAUCUAAAA